AUGACGACUCCCGAGGACGCAUUCCAUGUACUCGCCGACCUUUUCACUUCAAGAGGCAAUGACGUCCUAGAUAUCGACACUACCCUCUCAACUCUAGAAGCGCCAUUCAUAAAACAUGGCACCUCGAUCGGAGUCACCAAGAAAUGCCUGGUGCAGGCCUUUACAGUCUCCCGACAGCUCUUUAUCAAGCAUUUAAUGCCCAUGACCUCGACCGACUUCGAGGCGGAGGUUUCCAAUUCGAACCAGAGCACCGAAUUGAAGGUGCCAAAGCAAAUAAUCACGGAGAUCAUGUUAUUAUUUGAUUCUGAACAUCUCACCGCGUGCAACUGGCGCAAGAAAUGGCUGCUGGCAGCUAUUUCGCGCGACAAUGAGACCAGCCAAGCCACCUCUUCAUCGGAAAAGAUCUUGGAGACAGAGCUCACGCUCAUGCAAACAUAUCAAGGCUCGCCAUUAAGUCGACAUACCAAAUCUCCCACCCUUUGGUCUCACCGUUUAUGGGUACUAGAUGUCUUGACUAGGCUGCGCAGGCCUACGGUAUCGACUCUAUUAAAGCGCGAACGGGCAGAACUCGAUAUUGUGCUUCGUGCCGGGGUGUUACAUCCGAAGAACUUUUAUGCCUUUACAUAUAUGCGGAGGCUGCAUUCUUAUAUUACAGAUAUCAGCAAAGACCAGGGCGACGCAGAUGCGGAUGCCGACCAGAUGGAACGCGCCGCGGCGAGUUUGGUGGACCCGACGCUGACAUGGUGUCUGUCUCACCCGCGGGAUAUAUCCGGCUGGAUGUUCGCAAUGUACUUGCUCAGCAGAGUGCAGAUGCAGAUCUUCGUUCCGGCACGGUGA